GAUAAGGAAUUCAUAAUUAAAAUAGUACAAGAAUAUAUUGAUUUACAAGACCAAAGUGAAGAAGGAUUUUCAAUAACAUACAUACAAGAAAGACUCAAGAAACAAUUUGAAACAUUCAACAAUCAAAAAAUACCCUCACCUGAAGAAUUGAUAAACAGAACAUACAGCGACAUGGCAGAAUAUAAAAUUGCAAAAGCAAGAUAUUCGAACGAAGCAUUAUUAGCACUAGAAGGAGCACGAAAUAUCCAAGAAAACAAUCAAAUAACACCCAUAAUAUUCCCAAAUACAAGACUCACUCAGGCAACCCAGAACUACCUGUUACAACACCACCAACAACUGGUAUUAGAAACUGCUACUGCCAGAAGAAACCCAAGAACCGGAAAUCUAGAAAGAGUCAGAAUACCAAUAAUUGUAGAAGCAAUCAGAAUAAUACUCCAAAUGGCAUUUGGACAAUACACUGUAUAUUAUACCUAUGAUCAGAUUAAUAAUAAAAGACUGGGACUACCAACUGAUAUUUUUAAUGACCAAAUUGUAAAAGAAAUACCAAUACUUGAAACACCAAAAUUAAAGGAAUAUUACAGGACAGCCCUGAUAUCAAUAUCAGUAAACCAAGAAAUCCUUGAAGAAAGAAUAAAAGAAAUCUUAACCCAGAUAAUAGAAGGAGAAAUAGUUAAUAAAAUAACCGAAACCCUUUCAUACAUUAACAAUACAAAGUGGACCAACUUAUAG